GGCCGCGCGCGCGUGCGCGUGCCGCCAUUGUGUUCCGGCCGCUGAGGAAAGCGGAGAGUUGGAAGUCUGCGGGCUUGGAAGGCAGCCGGAGUGCGACGCCUCGACGACAGCAGCCCGCGGCGACAGGGGCAGCACACUCAGGACGGGGUGCCCCGCCUGCCUGACAGGACCGCUGCCCUGGAGUCAUGGUCCACGCCUUCCUCAUCCACACCUUGAGGGCCCCACAUGCCGAGGACACGAGCUUUUGCCGAGUGCUCUACUCCUGCGUCUUUGGUGCUGAGAAGUCGCCAGAUGACCCCAGGCCACAUCAGGCGGAGAGGGACAGGCUCCUCCGCAAGGAGCAGAUCUUGACUGUGGCCAGGCAGGUGGAAUCAAUGUGCCGACUGCAGCUGCAGGCGUCUGGCCGGCCCACCGUGGACCUGCAGCCCCCAGCCUCUGAUGAGCCAGUGCCCCUACAGGAGGCCCCAUAUGGGGCCUUCCGCCUGGCAGCAGGGGACCCCUUCCGGGAGCCGCGGACAGUGCUGUGGCUAGGUGUCCUCUCUCUAGGUUUUGCCCUGGUGCUGGACACCCACGACAACCUGCUGCUGGCUGAGAGCACGCUCCGGCUGCUGGCACGCCUCCUCCUCGACCACCUGCGGCUGCUGGCCCCUGGCACCAACCUCCUACUGCGGGCUGACCGCAUUGAGGGCAUCCUCACCCGCUUCCUGCCCCACGGGCAGCUGCUCUUCCUCAACGACCAGUUCGUGCAGGUUCUGGAGAAAGAAUUCAGUGCUUCCUGGCCCCGCUGACCCCGCACUGGGAUGGGGCUUCCCGGGAGGGAGGGCAGAGGUUGGGCGCACAGCCAGGUGAAGCUUAGCAUCUGCCACCUGCCCAGCCUUCUCCCAGCUCCAGCCUUACCUGUGACAACUGGACAGGACAGGCCAGGGAGCUGGACAGAGGACAGAGGGAGCUGUUGCACCCUUCCCUGGGGGAGUGGGGUCACAGAACAGCUGCCCGGUGGUCCGUUCAGCCUGCUGCAUUGUGUUGGCCAAGCUGGGCCUUGACUAUGCCUUUCUCCAGCCCUGCCAGCUGCUCGUGUUGGGGACCUGAGGUACUGCCCAGAACUUCACCAUCACAGCACAAAAGGGGUCUCAGAGACCCUUGGGCCCACUCAGGCUGUGUCAUCAACAAGGGUUUGGUUGGCUAGGGCCUGCUCCGUGUCCCACCCACCACUGUUAGCAAGGCAUCCAGCCCAUGCCUGUGGGGCCAUCCAGAGCUGACACAGCGUGGACUUUCUCUGCGGGGAGUGAAGGUGCCCCUCAGGGAACGUGAGGAGUGUGGCCCGCAUGGCGCUGCCGUUCUCACGUUGAAUUAAAGGCACUGGCGGUGUGAUCUCA